AUGCAGCGGCUGCGGGUCCCAGGCGCCCGGAGCGUUGCGGCACUUGUCCCCAGCCGCCUCCGGAGAACCGGCUCCCUGCCCCCCGUCCGGCGGGCGCGCAGCGACCCCCUCCUCACUGGCGCGGCCGCCCGGCGCCGUGGCGCGCCGGCCGCGCGCGCGGGUUCCCUCCCGCGUCUGAGGCGGUGGGCGUGGAAGUCGGCCUUAUGUGUGUACCGCAAGGUACUGGCGGCCGACACCGAUGGCCACGGGGAGCUGGACUCGGGGACACUGUUGCGGUGGAUGGAGCAGGUCGCCUGGCUGGCAGCUGAGAAACAUGCCGGUGUGCCCUGCACGACAGAGUCCAUGGAUGAAAUUGUGUUCGGAGACACUGCCAGGGUUGGAGAAAUUCUUGCCAUCAGAGCAAAGGUGAACAUACAAGUCAAAGCCCGCAUAGAGGUUGGCAUAGAGGUGACAGUAGAGGAUGUUGUAACGAAGUAUGAAAAGAUUGUGACUAUGGCAUAUGCAACAUAUGAGGCCAAACCAGCUGGUGCUGAAAAGAUUGAGCCAAAACCCAUAGAGCUUCGGUCUGAAGAAGACUACCUGGAGUACUUCCUGUCUCUGGACAGGAGCAUAUUCCGUAGGGACUAUUCGGAGGUCCUUCAGAAGGUGAUGCAGGAGAGCAGUAAGGAAGAUCUUUCUAAAGAUGAACAGGCCAUUUCAACCGAGCACACCUAUGUCCAGAGCAUGGAGCUUGUCCUGCCUUCGCACACAACCCAACAAGGGAACACCUCUGCUGGACAGAUAAUGGAUUGGAUACAGAUGGUGGCAAGCAUCUCAGCAAGCCGCCUCUGUCGGUCACAGCCAUUCCUAAAGGAAAUUAGCAGGUUCACAUUCUGGCGGCAGUCCGUUGAGUAUGACCGCCUGCUGUUCAAGGCCAGUGUUAACAACACUUUCAAGAGCAGUGUGGAGGUUGGUGUCCGUGUGGAGGCUUUCAGCGCUGAGGAGUGGGCCCAGGAGCGCCCGGAACCGCAGCGCAUCUGCAGCGCAUUCCUCACUUUCUCUGCUUUGGACGAAAAAGGGGAGCCAUUCACCUUCCCCAGGGUCAGGCCCGCUACUCGGGAUGAUGAGAGAAGAUUUUAUGAAGCUGCUGUUAGAAAGAGAUUUCUGUUCAACAGUAUGUCCAUCGUUUACGCCAGAGCAGAAGAGCCCAGUGACGUGUGGGAGGAGAGAAACAAGGCGUAUUUGAAUUACAAAAACAUUGCCGCGUUGACCUACGUGGCAGAGAAAACAAAGUGGAAAAUAGCCUUGGACAAUUCUGAGGAUAAUAUAAAAGUCUUUACUGACGAGGAGGGUGAUACUCGGUUAAUGAAGGUGGAGAUGGAGGUCAACGUGCCAUUUCACAUGGCCGCCUUUCUACUCUUGGAUUUCAAGCAUCGUCCAACCUGGGACAAAUACAUCCUGGCGUGUAAGGUCGUGGAGGAUGUGAGUCAGAGCGAAAAGAUUUACCAUCUCACGUCUGGCCCCACGGCAGGCCGCCAGCCCAGGGAUUUUGUCGUUCUAGUAUCCCUAAGGGAGCCUUUCCAGGCAGACUUGCCCUACAUUGUAGCGGUGAAGUCUGUGACGCACAGGGCGAUGCCCCCACGCCUAGGGUACAACAGGGCUCAAGACGUCUGUUCUGGAUUCCAGAUUCACAGCACCGGCAUCUGCUCCUGCACUGUCUGCUACUUCCUUCCGUUAUCAUCACAAACUACGUCCUUCCUAACUGCAGAUAAGGUUACUGACGCAUCAAGCUCAGUCAAAGACACUGCGUUGGCCUGUAUCAAGUUCUUAGAGGAGAAAUACUUGGAGGAAUGGGCGCAAAGAACUGUGAAGGGACGUUUAAGCACACUGGAGUGCAGCAGCACAGGAGAACUCUUUGAGAGGCCGGAGCCUUCAGAAAGUGACAACCUUGGGUCACUUGGGCCGCGCUCUCUGCGGCGCCGGCGCGGCCAUGACAUCCUCGUGGUCCGCGCUCAGGCCGGGGAUCCAGUGCCCGACAACACCACGAUGUAUUCCACGGAGCGCUCGGAGCGCUUUAAGCCGUGCAAGGACAAGGACCUGGCAUAUUGUCUCAACGAGGGGGAAUGUUUUGUGAUCGAAACCCUGACGGGAUCCCACAAACACUGCCA